AUGGACUCUCCAAUGUAUAAUAUCUCGGAGUCAUGGUCGAAACCCACCAUGACAAACGCAGGAACCGGCUGGGCUGCGUGGCAGUACGUCGUCACAAUCCUGCUCGGCGUCGUUGUCUAUGAUCAAGUCAUGUACAUCUGGCGAAAAGGCUCCAUUGCCGGACCUGCAUUCAAAAUCCCUCUGAUGGGCCCGUUCAUCCAGGCACUGCAUCCCAGGUUCGAGUCCUACCUGGAGCAGUGGGCAAGCGGACCACUCAGUUGUGUAUCAAUCUUUCACAAGUUCGUCGUGCUCGCCUCUGACCGCGACCUCGCCCACAAAGUCUUCAAAUCCCCAACAUACGCCGAACCCUGCAUCGUGCCCAUGGCCAAAGAGAUCCUGGGCCACAAGGCCUGGGUCUUCCUCCAAGGCAAAGCGCACACCGAGUACCGGCGCGGGCUCGCCCCUCUCUUCACCAACAAAGCCAUAUCCACCUACCUCCCAGCCCAAGAACGCGUUCUGGCGCACUACUUUGACAAGUUUGUCACAGCCAGCGCUGCCAACAGUCUCCGCCCCAUGGCCUUCAUGACCCUAUUCCGCGAGAUCAACUGCGCCCUCUCCAUCCGCACCUUCUUCGGCGAGUACAUCUCCCAAGACGCCGUCAAGAAAAUCGCAGACGACUUCUACCUCGCCACUGCCGCGCUCGAGCUCGUCAAUGUCCCGCUGUCAAUCUACAUCCCAUACACAAAGCCCUGGUUGGGAAAGCGCACCGCCAACGCCGUCCACGCCGAAUUCGCAAAAGCUGCGGCCGCUUGUAAAGCCAACAUGGCCACCGGCGCUGAACCAACCUGCAUCGUCGACCACUGGGUCUUACACAUGAUGGAGUCAGCCAGAUACCACGAAGCCCUAGCCGCCGGUGACGGCAAAACAGAGAUUCCCAAACCACCCAACCUGAUCCGCGAAUUCACGAACACCGAAAUCUCCGAAACCCUAUUCACCUUCCUCUUCGCGUCCCAGGACGCAAGUUCCAGCGCAACAACCUGGCUUUUCCAGAUCCUCGCCCAACGACCCGACGUCCUCACCAAGCUGCGGGCCGAAAACCUAGCCGCCAGAAACGGAGACCGCUUUAAACCUUUUGACCUCCCCAUGCUCGAGAAUCUGCCCUACACGGCCGCCGUGAUUAAGGAGCUCCUGCGACACAGACCACCUGUUAUCUUCGUGCCUUAUCUCGCAACGAAACCAUUCCCCAUUACACAGAGUUAUACAGUCCCCAAAGGAGCAAUGAUUAUCCCAUCUUGUUAUCCAGCCCUGCAUGACCCAGCGGCAUACCCCAACCCGGACGUAUUCGACCCAGACCGCUGGAUUACGGGAGAUGCAGAGAAGCAGACGAAGAACUGGCUGGUGUUUGGGGCGGGCCCGCAUGAUUGUCUGGCGAGACGGUAUGUGCCGUUGUCGAUGGCGGGGAUGAUUGGCAAGGCGGCGCUGGAGUUGGAUUGGGAGCAUGUGCCUACCGAGAGGUCUGAGGAGAUUAGGGUGUUUGCGACGUUGUUUCCGAUGGAUGGGUGUCAGUUGGUGUUUACGAGGAGGGAGUGA